AUGGGCGCCAGCCAAGUUCGAAAAUACCUCCGCUACCGGACCAGCUUCGUCAAGCAAACUGGCGAAGCUGACGCUCGUUUUCCCAAGCUCCAAAUUUGCUCUUCCAGUCUUCACUCUCGCAAGAAAAUCAAAGAGAAUUACCCUUAUUUGCCAAAACUAGCGCUUGACGAGUUUUACGGAAAGUCAGUGAAUAUGUACGCGGCGAGAAGACAUCAUCACGAGGCGGAUUUUAAUAUUUCGACGAUUAAAUUGUCCAGAAAUUUGAACUGGACAAUGCUUGACAGUAUUGAUCUUCGAGAAUUCAUCAGCUCCACAACGCCGGAAUACUUCAUCGCGACAUGCAAAAUUGAGCUUUUCGACUGCCGAACAUUUUGGCGCCAAGUUCAAACCUUCCACGGCUCUUGCAUCGCUCUGAAUGUAACUGAAGCUCUUUGGCAGCAUUACUUCCUCCAGACUGGAGACAGUAAAUCAAUGGAAGAAUUUGAGAAGAGCUUUUCCGAGACGCUGAAAUACUGGAGUAAUGUGCGACUUACUCUUGCUUUUAACCGAACAGAUGUGACAAAUGGUUGGAGCGCUAUCAAGUGGCCUCUGUUCCUCCAACUUGCCCAUGACGACGAAGAAUACGCAUCAUCAAAUACAUAUGCAAUGACAGAAGAUCUAAUCCCUGUCCUGAAAGUAGUCACCACGGAAAUCGAGCUCCUGGGACAUCCCUUUUCCGAAUGCAUCUCAGAAAGCAAAACAAAACAAAUUUACGCUGUGAAAAUCAACCCAGAAGACACGGAACUAGUCUCAAUCGAUGAACCAGGCAUGUCUCUUGUGAGCAUCAAUUUGGAUCUAAAAAAGCCCCCUUACGAUAAAAACGUCGAAAUCCCAAAAUACAAGAUUGAAGAUCUCAUGGCGGAUAUUGGCGGAAUGCUGACCUUGUUCUUGGGACUGACGAUGGUGGAGAUCGGACAGGGGCUGAUUUUUUGCAUCAAAAAGGCGAUCAAGAAAAUUUCACGAAGGAGAAAGAAGAAUAAAGUCCUAUUUUCAAUGCGAGAUGGACAAAAAAGUAAUGUCCAAAUUCAUGUCAAAAAAAUUUGA